ACGUGGGGGCCGUAUGUUUGACACCCCUGGUCUAACUGGUGUAACUGGUCUCUCUGCCUCUCAAUUGUCUAACUGGUCUUUCUGUCUCAGGUGGUACGUUCUGGAUGCACAGACCACCGACCUAGUUGCGAUCCACACUGACGGGAAUGAGCAGCUGUCAUUGAUGCGUUUCUCUGUCGAUGGCAGUCUGUUGGCUGUUGGAUCUCAUGAUAACUUUAUUUACCUCUACACCGUCUCAGAGAAAGGACGCAAGUACAGCCGCUACGGGAAGUGCACGGGACAUUCCAGCUACAUCACACACCUGGACUGGUCACCUGACAACAACUUCAUCAUGUCCAACUCUGGAGACUAUGAGAUCCUCUAUUGGGACGUUCCAAACGGUUGCAAACUGAUCAGAAAUCGUUCUGAGUGUAAAGACAUCGACUGGGCGACCUACACCUGCGUACUGGGAUACCACGUGUUCGGUGUGUGGCCCGAGGGUUCAGAUGGCACCGACAUCAACGCUCUGAUCAGAUCUCACAACAGGAAGGUGAUCGCUCUGGCCGACGACUUCUGUAAAGUUCACCUGUUUGCCUACCCAUGCUCCACCCCUAAGGCUCCAAGCCACAAGUACAGCGCACACAGCAGUCAUGUGACCAACGUCAGCUUCCUGUAUAACGACAGUCACCUGAUCUCCACUGGGGGUAAGGACACCAGCAUCAUGCAGUGGCGUUUGGUGGAGAAGUCUUCGCUCUCUCUCACCGACGGCCUCUUAUCUAACUCUGCCCCCCACCGGGUGGACCCCAUCUUCGCCCUGCCUCCUCCCGUAGCAGCCACGCCCACACGGGACCCCGUCAUUCCUCCGACGGCCAAUGGAACCCAAGAACCCUGCCCAGACACCCCACCUCCUACAAAGCUAGCCCCGCCUACCUCUGAGUUAACCCCGCCCCCCUCAGACAGCACGGUGAGUCUGAAGGACAGCCUGGAGCCGAGUGAUGACACGCCCAGUGAUGACACGCCCAGUGAUGACACGCCCAGUGACGAAGGGCUGCCCCCCCUCACCCCCCCCUCAUAGUCAGACAUGCUGCCUUUUUGAGGUACAGGCUGAGUUUCACACCUUGUGAGGACAUUUUUACAAAGACGUUUUGUUUGUUCCUCAAGUUGUGUUGGACCUUUAAAUUUCAGGGUUCAGACUUAGUCUUAAGGUUGGAAUCAGGUUUACAUUCAGUUUAUGUGGGUUAGGCAUGUAGCUAGUGAUGGUUUAGUAAGAGUUAAUACAAUAUGAUACAUAACUCAGUCAAAUCACAGAGGAUACACAUGAAACAAGUAUUGAUAUCAUUCAAUGUGACUUACACUUCCGGAGGACAUCUGUGAUGUCCAUCCAGAAUAAAUGCUUUAGAACUUGAGAAUCAUCAUGUUCUUAAUUUUCUGCUGAUCAGAGAUCAUUCAGCAGACAUUUAAUGUUGUUUAAUGUCUCCAUUUAACAACAUUAAACGUUUAAUUUCUCCAUCAAACGUUUAAUUUCUCCAUCAAACGUUUAAUUUCUCCAUCAAACGUUUAAUUUCUCCAUCAAACGUUUAAUUUCUCCAUCAAACGUCUGAUCUCUCCAUUAAACGUCUGAUGUCUCCAUCAAACGUUCGAUGUCUCCAUCAAACGUUCAAUGUCUCCAUCAAACGUCUGAUGUCUCCAUUAAACGUUUAAUUUCUCCAUUAAACGUCUGAUGUCUCCAUCAAACGUCUGAUGUCUCCAUUAAACGUUUAAUUUCUCCAUCAAACGUCUGAUGUCUCCAUUAAACGUUUGAUGUCUCCAUUAAAUGUUUGAUGUCUCCGUCAAACGUCUGAUGUCUCCGUCAAACGUUUGAUGUCUCCGUCAAACGUUUGAUGUCUCCGUCAAACGUUUGAUGUCUCCGUCAAACGUUUGAUGUCUCCGUCAAACGUCUGAUUUCUCCGUCAAACGUCUGAUUUCUCCGUCAAACGUCUGAUUUCUCCGUCAAACGUCUGAUGUCUCCGUCAAACGUCUGAUGUCUCCGUCAAACGUCUGAUUUCUCCGUCAAACGUUUGAUGUCUCCGUCAAACGUUUGAUGUCUCCAUUAAACGUUUGAGGUCUCCAUUAAACGUCUGCUGAAGUUUUACUUAAUGUGAAAAAAUAGAAUCAAGAGUUCUCAGUGGUCCAGGUUUAAUGGUUGCUUUAAGGCGAGGCCAUGCGUUGUCAAUGAGGGUCCCCAGAAGUAUACAAGUACAAAAGUGUGUGUGUGUGUGUGUGUGUGUGUGUUUGUGUGCGUUGGGACUCAAACCAGUGUCACAUGUUUUUUUCUUAUCAGUCAGCUGUUAAAAUCCACUUUCCUUCAGUUUAAUCAAACGCGGUGUCACAGUUUGAAACACCUGGAGAGUCUGAUUCACCUGAGGAAAGACUGGAAGAGGAGCAGUUACCUGUCAUACCUGGACAUUUACUCUCAUCCUUUAAACAGUUUGAAAAUCUCUCCUUGGUCCAGAUGUGCUUUCUACUGCAGAGAGCAGAGGCCUGGAACACAGGUGUGACAGGUGGCUAUCAGGUAACUUGUUCUCCUCCAAUAAGAGUCGAGCAGUUGAACAGGAAGUGAACCUGCAAGUCUUGAAUGUCUUUUAGAAACUGGUUGUUUUUUAAAUUUGGUUUAAUAAUUCGUUGGCUAUAAAAAAAAAAAACUAACGAUGUUUUAUCAGUGUCUUAUAAUGAAAAAUACCUUUAACGAUUAUUGAUUAUAAGUUUCUAAUGAAUAUUGAUCAAAGCAAUCAUGUACGAUGAGCUGCACACAGAUUCUCACAAUUUAUAACAGAAAAGUCAAGUUUCAUUCACUCAUUUGACUUGACUUUGUUGCUCUAUUAUUUUGUUUAACUGCCAAACUCAAUACUUAAUUACAAUAAUUCAAUUGAAAUUGAAUACUUCUAACUGAUUCACAAUAAAAGCCCUCCAGUGAGGAGACAGUACUGUGGAAGGUGUUUAAUGUAAAUCAUCCAAGAUAUACACAGUACAAACCAAAGAGAAGAGAGUAAAGUUAAACUACUGCUCCCAAGGUGCAUUUCACUAAGAGACAUCCAAUCACACAGCUCCACAUUCUAAAUGUUGAUUUAGAUCUGGUUUAAUCAUUAAAUCUUUUAGCACCAGUCAGGUCCGGUCUGGAAAACCCAUUUGUUGGAUCUGUUUUGAGAACCUCAGACCUCAGACAGGUGAGCUUUCAGUACAGAAUGUCUGGAGAUCAAGGAUGAAAUAAACAGGAAGUAAACAGAAUGCAAACACAUGACAUCGAUCUCCAGAGUAAAAACUGUGACUCAAAUAUUUUUUAAUAGUCAGAAGUGGAUCAGAUGGAGACAGACAAUCUGUUUGUAUAUACUGCAGAUAUCUGUAUAUUUCUGUUCACUCCUCAGCUACACUGUAAAAAUCCCAUUUAACGCUCACAUCUCUCAGCCAAUCUGGUCACAGGAAACACUUGAGAACCUCUCCCCUGAUUGGCUAGAUUCAGUGACUCACUGAAUGACUGCUGAUGUUUGUUUUUAUCUCUUCUGGACCAUUUCUGUUCAAAAUGUAAUCUGAAUGUCAUGAUGACGUCACUCCGGAUGGGGGGUGGGGCCUUUCAGUGGAAGACAGGGGGUGCGGGUCAUUAAUGUUUUUGCCUUUUUAAUACUCUUCAUCUUUCUUAUGCUCGUCUCUCUGAAGGGAUGGUUUUGAGUUUUGGGACUCACUGGAUGUCCAAGGAGGGACGGUGCCGGGGGGGGGGGGGCAUGUGGGGAUUUCUGGAUUCAAGCGUUUGUUUAUUUUACAGUGUUCAGUAACGACAUUGAUACCCAUGAUGAUGAUGAUGAUGAUGACAAUAUUCAUGUGACUGUUUUGAGCCAAUGUAUUCUUCUGUGAUGCAUUCCUGUCAGACGGCAGACUGUACUGAAGAUUUCAACAAAAAAAUGCAAAUAAAUGUUUUAAAAACUGACAA